AUGCCGCAAAGCUGCACCCUGGCCCGGCAACGAAUAGCACGCCUGCACGCGUGGACGCUCUCUCUGGCCGCUGUGAUUCUUGCUGCUAUGCCGCACUUCGGAACACGCCGCUCCAGCGGAAUGACGUGCGCUCCCAGGUCAAGCUUCUUCCUCAUAUCCUCCUCGGUUUCUACGAGGGAGACCGAGCUAACCGCCACCAACUUCAGUUCAGAAGAAAUUCCGACAACUGACUCAGUUGAUCUAACGGAAUUUACUGUUCUGAAAGAACUUCUAAAGCUCAAAGAAACGAAGUCGCCAAGUCCAGAUGGAAUACCUGCAAAGCUGUUGAAAGAGCUAGCCGGUUUCCGUUCUUGGCCCUAUCCUCUUCCUUAUAUAUAUCGACGACUUUGCGCAAAAAUUCGAUGUCCAGAUAUAAUAUUCCUUUCAUCACCCCCGGAAGAGGAAGAAGGGGCAAGUUCUGGGACCAGAUUGUAUUUUAUCGACGACUGCAUAAGCGGAUUUGACUGCGAAUUCAUAAUGUUUGCUGACGAUUUGAAACGUUGGAAAGUCAUGCGAAAAGAAGAGGAUGAAGGAAAUCUGCAGGCGAAUUUGCACCGACUCGAACAACGGUCAACCGAAUUGCUGCUACCAUUCAAUGUCGACAAAUGCAAAAUAAUGCGCUUCCGUAGAACCAGCACUUCGCAUCGGAAAGUGUAUCACGUUAAUCGCACGCCGCUGCCAGAGGUAGAGGCUCAGAAGGAUCUUGAUAUCUGA